AUGUCGGACGCGGAGAGCGAUGGAAGCAGCUCGCUGUCUCAGCAGCGCGAGCUGCCGGUGCUGCCGGUGCCGCCGCCGCUGCCUCGCGUGCCCGUGUCGCUGGGCGCGCUCUCAGAGACGAAGAAGCCUGAGAUGUUUUUGCUUCCUCACUCGGGGAACGCCGUGGUGCCGAUCGCGCGCGCCUACGUGUGCGACACCUGCCGCGUGGUGCGGGGGCCUGAAGACCUCUCCAUCGAGAUCGAGUCCUACUUCUGUCCGGCGUGUCUCGACGCGCUGCCGCAGACUGAGGCGCUCGCGUGCAGUUGCCGAUGCACGAAGUGCUUUGACUGUCCGCGGUGCUUCGCCACGCUGGGCGUCGUGCGCGAGCCGCUCUCGGCGCCCGACGCCGCCGCAGCGGCAGGGGCCGCCGCAGACGAGUCGGAGGAGGCGGCGCUCCGCGCGGCUGAGGCGCUCGUGGAGAAGGGCGCAAGUCCCUCCGAGGGCCUCGGGCCGCAGCGCUGCGACAGUUUGCUCUCAAUUUCGAGCCAAGAGGACGAAGGCGGGAGCGACGCGGACGCGGCGGAGAAGGCGUCCGGCAGCGGGCGCCGCGCGUCGGCUCGGCAGACGGGCGACGGCGAGAGGUUCGAGUACUUUUUUGCGUGUCCGUACUGCAAAUGGAAUUCGCGGUCGCUGGGUAUGGUCAGUCGGGUGUCCGCGGUGCUCCAGGCCGCGGCGACGGCGGACGAGCGCGGGGGGCGCAUCCGGCGGUGCUUCACCCCGCUGUUUGACAGCCUGCAGGCUUCUGCCCAGGAGCGCGAGCGCGCGCGGCAGCUGCAGGCCCGCGUGAAGCACAAGGCCGUCGCGCUGCUCUUCGCGGCAGCCGCAGCCGGCGGCCUGCCUGGGAGCAGCGGAGGUCCCUUUGCCCGCCUGCAGCAGGACAAAACGUGGCGCCUGGCGGACGUCGAGGAGAUGCUUGAGCGACGUGCCAAGCAGAUGGGCGAGACAGACAUCUGGGCGAGCUUCCGCCGCGACAUUCCACAUGCGCCGCCGCGCGUCGGCCUCGCGGAGCUCCUCGCGGGAAAGCACCUGAGUCCAGCGCGCGAGAUCGUCUCGGAGCUCGACUGGAGUCGCAAGCUGCAGCAAGAUCUGCUCGGCGAAACAGCACGAGGAGACGCCGAGGAGGACGAAGAGGACUUCACGCCCGAGGAGGCGAAGGCGCUGGAACCGCUCAGCGCCGACCAAGUGCUUCUCGAUCGACGGACGCCGGACGUGGCGCCUGUGAAGAUUCCGCAGGACGUCUGGGGCCGCCCGGGGAAGCGCCGCGAAGACAACGACGCGGAGGUGAUGGACGAAGCCAUUGUCGGCGAGUUUCCAACCGUGGAGCAGAGGAUUCGCAAUCCAAAUUCUCUCGUGGUUCCUGAAAUGAGUGGGACUUUGCUGCAGCCGGUCCGCAAGCGGCUGCUCACGCGUCAGUCGAAGCGCUGUCGAACUUGCCAAAAGUACGUCGUGAAGACCCAAGUGAGUCCGAAUGCCGUCCCUCCCCUCCGCCUCAACUCAGCUGCGGCGCUGCUGCUGCCCUUGAUGUAUCCGCGAAUCCGCGACAGCGCAGUUCUUCUGGGAAAGAUCACCGACGUCGAAAUCGGCGUUGUCAACCCGGCGGAGCUCCCGAUGCUUCUCAAAGUCCACGUGAACCACGGCGCGCCCGAGGAGGACCCGGAGGGCGACGGCAGGCACUGCCUGUCGCCCGGGGCGGCCGUUUACGACCCUGGGUACGGCUCUCCCAGGGGACGCAAGGGGCCGGGCGGCGUGGGCGACGAGGACGCGGGGUUCAUGGCGGUCAGGAAGAACUGGCAGACGCUGGACAUCUUCACGAAGGAUUUCGAAGUCGCUGUCGAUCCGUACGAUGAAAUGCUGGAGGAGUUCAACGACGAGGUUGGCGAGCUCCGCGUCGACGACGACCCCACGAUCGUUUUGGCCAGAAAGGGCAACUCCGUCUGUCUCAGGAUCCGCGUGCGGCCGAAGGCGUGGGCGCUCCAACACGUCGCGGCGUGCUGCAUCACAGUAGACAUUUCCAUCGCCGGAGAUGCGUCCCCCAUUCGCGCCUGCUACGUUCUGUGUCUCGGUCGCGUCGCCGACCAGAGUGACGCAGAUCUCGUCCGACGUGAGAGCUUGUGA